AGCGAUGAAGAAUGAUGACGUUUCCAAACGUGCUUAUUCUUGCCUUCUUGAGAAAAAACAUCAGAGCACUGACAGAGCACAGCGCUGUAAUUUAUUGUUUGCUCCGAGGCUGCUGAGGCUGAAAACCAGAAUUUCACAAUAACUGACAUUUACAAAGAGCCUUACAACUUGCAAGUUUUCAAUAAUGUAGAGCAAAGCAAACGCACACUUUAGUAGGACCUUGAUCUUCUACCUAUGGGGUAUGGAUACGAACGUCAACUUUACAGAUGCUGAAUUAUACAAUGCGAUCUUGAUAGAAGACCUGUCGCGUAUUGACGAUUUUACCCAAAAACGGGGGUCCAACUUUUACAUCGAUUUAAGAACCACGGGCCUUCUUCAUGAAAUCCUUUCAAAGGGCUUGGCAAUUCUCCCCCUCCACCUGGCUGCAUCUUACAGGAGAGUGAAGAGCCUUGAGAGCCUUCUGUCUGCCGGGGCAGACCCGGAGAUCAGGGACCAGCGAGGCCACAACGCCCUGCACCUGGUGAUCACCCACUGGCCCACCAUCCUGGCCUCCUGGUCCAAGCCACGUACCAAGUUUGAGACGGCCAUGAUGUCCAUGCAGCACCGGGCCGAGGCCUGCCUCAGGGUGCUCUGCAGCCACGGAGUCAACAUCAACGCAGAGGUGGAGAGUGACGGCCGCCACACCGCGCUUCACCUGGCCGUUCGCUACAGAGCGCUGCCCGCUAUCAGCAUCCUGGCGAGCCACGGCGCCAGAAUCAACACCAUCGACCACUUUGGGAUGAUGCCCCUGCAUAUGGCUGCCGGGAUCCUCAAUACAGAGAUGACAGCCAGCCUGAUCAAGCUUGGGGCUGACGUUAACAAGGUGAUGAAUAAUUCGGGUAACAGCCCCCUCCACCUGGCUGCCCUGGCGGCGGCUAACAAGCCAGUGAAGGCCCUGGGAGUGGACCUGAGCUGUAUCACUGAGCUGCUGGACCAGGGGGCUGACCCGAACAUAGUGAACCAUGCAGGCCGCACGGCCCUGCACGAGGCCUGUAGCGGGGGCCACGAGGCCGUGGUGGAGCUCCUCCUGAAGUAUGGAGCCGACAUCAACCAGCUGACCACCGCAGGGGGAAACUGCCUCUUCCUGUUCCUGGAUCAGAAGCUCAACCUGAGGCACACCUCUCUGCUGUGGAAGCUCCUCACCAUGACCUACCCCCUGACCAUCAGCAACAGAGAUGGCCACCUGCCCAGCUCUUUAAUGCUCCCGGAGUACUUCGACCAGAGGGACCAGCUGCUGAACCUGUGCCAGCAGCCUAGGAGCCUCAUGGACAUAUGUAAGUUCCACAUCUACCAAUGCUAUGGGAAGAGUCAUGGUAGAGAAUGCCUGAAGCAGGUUCUGCCAGACAUGGUGCAUGACUUUGUGUUUAACCAUUGGGAAAACGCAUGUGAUGUCACGUUUGUUAAGGAGGGUGAUGUCAUCCCACCUCGGUUCCCCCGUUUUCCCAAUAUGGAGGACUUCACCAUGCCUCAAGGAGUCUAACUCCUCCUCUCCAAGGAGAUGAAAGCUACAGCAUUUUACUUUUACAUUUUAACACACAUUACCUCAACACAUUCCAUGAACCUCCAGAGAUAUGGAGAGGUUCACACGUGAUCGACCUCAUCAGAGAGCGGCAAAACCUCCUUUGUUAUCAUUUGAUGGUACACUUCUUUUUCUUAUGAAAUUAAAUAAUAUACACUUGCAAAGAACA